UUUUUAGCUGGGCUGCCUGUGCUGCCUAUGCAGAGAGAGGAAGACCUCGGAGAGGAAGACAACAUGGAUGGAGAAGAUCAAGUUUCCAAACUUGAGAGACAUCUUACUCUCUUGAAAGAGGAAUAUGUUAAAUUACAAAACAAGAUGGUUGAACUAGAGAAAAAAUAUGAUAUUGCUGUUGCUUCAUUGGGGCAAUCAGAUGAAAAUGCGUUUGUCACUAAGCUGCUUAAAACAGUUGCAGAUUUGUUUGAUAAAGAUUUAUACAGUGACAUCAUAGUUUCAUUUGGAGGUCAAACAAUCAAAGCUCAUAAGUUCGUUCUUGCUGCAAGAAGUGACAACUGGUGUAACAGAGACUUGAAUGAAAUUGAUGAACUGCAAUUAAAUGGUGUUAGUGUAAAUGUUGGCUUAGCUCUUAUGAAAUGGGUCUAUACUGACAAAGCAACAAUACCCAAAGAUGAAUCGUUUCUGAUUGAAUUGGUAAAAGCUGCUAACACAUAUAAUUUAAAAGACUUAAAAGUCAGGUGUGAAAGAAUAUUGAUGUCAUCAGUAACUGUGUCUAACUGCAUCAAAUUUUACCAAACUGCUGAGGAUAUUGGCGCCAAAGAAUUGCAACUUUAUUGCAGUGAAAUAAUAUCUUGUCAUUGGCAUGACUUGAAAACGGAAGACUUUAUAAACAUCAGUGCACCACUUUUGUAUGAAAUGUUCAAGUCCAAAUCAACUCAUCCUCUUCAUCUAGCCAUAACACAUCAUAGAGAGGAUAUUUUGUUUUUGUUUCUUAUUGAAUUCCAUUCACAGCUUCCGCAGAAACUGGAUGAAUUUGAUCCUACAACUGGGCAACUUCCACUGGAAAUUGCUUUGACUCAACAUCAAGAGAGUAUAGCUAAAACCUUAGUUAGCCAUGGCUGUGACAUUAACAAGGUGGAUGAACAUGGAAAUUACCUUCUACAUAAAGCUAUCAAAAAUGGAGAUGAGUUUGCUGCUAAAUUUUUGAUCAAAAAUGGAGCCUCUACAAAUCUCCCAAAUCAAAAUGAAUAUGCAACUGCACUUCACUUUGCUGCAUCAUAUACAUUGAUACCACUGAUGGGUAACAUGAACAAGAGAACAUCCAUUGAAGGGAUGACAAGGAUAUUGGAACUUCUUCUUGAUAAUGGAGCUGAUCCAAAUGCUCAGGACAGCCAAGGAAGAACCCCAUUACACAGAGCCAUUGAAUCUCGUAAUGUUGCGGUUUUUGAUGCCUUACUGCAGAGGCAGAGCUUAGAUCUAGAGGUGCAUGAUAAUAGAGGUUUUACUCCUCUUUGGUUGUCACUGGAUGACAAUGAAUGCUUUGAUCCUGGUGAUGAAGACAGUUUUGGUGCCAAGCUUGUUUCACAUGGUGCAUCAACUGAUACAUUGCAUGAAACCACUGGUAACAGUCUCCUUCACUUUGCUGCAUCAACUUAUCAAGAGAAAGCUGGAGUCUUUCUUGCUUCCCAUGGUGCAAAAUCAAAUCAUGUCAACAAUGAAGGAGAAACACCUUUACAUGUGGCAGCAAGAAAUGGCAUGGUCACUUUGAUAACAGAACUAUUAAACAAUGGAGCCAACCCAAAUGCACAGACAACUUGCACUGAAAAGAUGGAAGAAAGGGAAAAUGAGCGUUCACAUGCAAGGGACCUUGCAAAGAUACAGGCCAGGACAAAAGCAUUAGAUAUCAUUAAACAGAACCAAAAAAAUGCAAAAGAUAAAAGAAAAGAAGAUGAAUUAAUGCUUGGACAACAGUUGGGCGACUCACAGGAAGAUAUUCAUAACGCAGUGGCAGACUCUAUUAAAAGAGCAAAUCCUUUUCAAGAAGACCUAGGGAUAAGUCAUAAUCCCUUUGAAGAAGACCUUGGACUAAGCUCUAAUCCUUUUGACCAAGAUUCAGGACAGUGCAUUAAUUCUGAUGAUUCAAAUCCAUUUAUGGAAGACAUAAGAGCGGAAACAUACACCUCCUUGGAGCACAGCUAUAAAGAAACUACAAAAUUAAAAAGUAGAGCAACAAAUUUUGAAGAAGAAUUCUAUAAUCCAACUGAGGAAGAAAUCAAGAAAGUGAUGAAAGACCAAAAUCUUUAUAAAGAUCCAUUUGCUAAUACUAUAAUUGCAGACUGUUAUGGAAAGACACCUUUGCAUGAGGCUGUUAUUUAUAGACAUGAGGAUGUCCUGAACUGUUUUAUAAAUUUUCAAGAUAGUAACUGCAGAGGUGGAAGGCUUCACUUACUUCCUGAUUACAAUCUUAUUGAUUCUGAAGAACAAACAUGUCUCGAGGUCGCACUUUGGACCAAACAAUACAAAAUGGCAAGUAGACUCUUGGAAGCCGGAGCAAACAUCAAUCUUCAUUUACCUAGUGGUCUUACAAUAAUUCACAAAGCAAUAAUGAAGCAGGAUGUUGAGACAUCUUUAUAUUUAUUAAAUCAUGAAGUGGAUUCCAGUCUCAGGACAAACAAUAACACAUCUGUUCUUCAACUUGCUAUACAAUACUGCCUUCAACCUGUAGUGGAAGCUUUAUGCUCAAAGAAUAUAGACUUAGAUGCUUGUGAUGACAGUGGAAACUGCCCAUUAUGGACUGCCCUUGCGAGUGGACAAAUCAACAUWGCCACAACAUUGAUAUCACAUGGUUGCAGUCCAGAUGCAUGGAGCAUUGGACCCAAUGGAUGCACCCAUUCCUUACUUCAUCGUGCCAUAUGUGAUAAAUAUGUGGAGACAGCUUGUUUUCUCAUAAGAAACAAUUGCGACAUCAACAGCCCCCGUAGACCUGGACCUGAAGGUGAUGGAGGAAUAGAAGCCUGGGAUGGUCUUAGCCCUUUACAUCUUGCAUGCACUUCAAGCCUUGACAUAGUGGUACAGUGCCUUGUGGAACAUAAAUGUAAUGUGAACAGUAAAGAUUCAGAAGGACGUGCUCCCAUACAUAUUGCCAUAAGUUCUAAACAUCCAAUCAUAACAUCUUUACUCCUUGCUCAUCCUGAUAUUGAUGUGGCUUCAAAAGACAGGAAGGGAAAUUCACCCUUUGCUUUGGCUAUGUCAGUCAAAAACCAUGAGGCUGCUUCUGCCAUUUUAUCUCGAGAACCAGAUGCAGCUGAACAGUUUGAUGCCAAGGGACUGAAUUUUCUUCAUGAAGCAGUGUUAAACAUUGAUGUUGAGACAAUAUUGUUUCUGGUUGGAGUUGGUGCUGAUGUAAACUCACAAGUACAAGAUUCAUCUCACCAGACUGCCCUGCAUCUAGCUGUKACAUCUGGCAAUGAAAUGAUAGUCCGGCACUUACUUUUAGCUGGAGCUCAAUUGAAUGAUUGUGAUAAACAUGGUCAGACGUCUUUACACAUAGCAGCAAUCAAGAAUCAUCCAAGUAUUAUAAGUGCAUUGUUAAGAGAGGGAGUUGACCUUGAUGCUGUCGAUGAGAGGGGAAAUAAUGCACUGCAUGUGUCAGUACAACAUGGUCAUCUUGAAUGUGUCCGAGUUCUUCUAACAGAAAGUUCUAUCAAUGCAGAAUUAAAAAACACAAGAGGUCAAAAUCCUCUCCACAUUCUUUGCCAGUACUCAAAUGAGAAUGCUUUGGCUAUUUUGGAGCUGUUUUGCCAAACAAUGCCAGAAUACCCAAUAAAUGCAUCGGAUGUUGAUGGGAACACACCUCUUUUUCUGGCUUACAUAAAUGGAGCAGCUCGCCUUUGUAGGGAGAUUCUUCGAAAUGGUGGUUUGCUUGCCACAGUGAAUAAAUAUGGCAUAUCGAUAUUCAACGCUGAAGUGCCAACAAAAAAAUUACUGUUCUCAUUACUUGAUAUGCUUGAUGCUGAGCCCCCCUGGUCAGAUGGUUCGAAUUGCCAUGAAUGCUCCGUGAGGUUUACCGUUAAAACAAGAAAACAUCACUGCCGGCACUGUGGUCGUCUUCUUUGUGGCAAAUGCUCUGAUAAACAAAUUCCUAUAGUAAAGUAUGAACUUACUAAACCAGUGAGAGUAUGUAGUAUUUGUUUUGAUAUGUUAACUUCGGGAGUUCGAUAGACUUUCUGGCAGUGACAGACAAGAUUGGCUUUUACAUGAACAGGAUAUUUGGACAUUGUCUUGGCAUAAUUUGCAUGAGUUUGAUUUUAUUGAAAUAAAAUAAUUCUCUUU